UUAACAGAACAUUUUUAAUAGUAUCAUCCCAACCCUGCCUUCAGCCCACACUUGGGGGACACUUCUGAGGCAAGCUGCACUGGACAAAGCCCCUAAGAUUGACUAAGGGGCAGGGAGAAUCCUGGAAUCAGCUGAAGAAGCGCUAACACCACACCUGUGUGUGGUUCCCGCUGAAUGAUUGGAGCAAUGCCAGGCCAGGCAGGGCCGCUGGGUGGGGUGGAGCCGCUGCCAUGAUGAGUGGCAGAAGGGGGUGGGGCCAAGCCAAGGGCAGCGCCACCAUUGGUCAGGGACCAUUCUGAACCCUGUGACAUCACAAAGACACUGCAUAGCUGUGGGCAGGGGGGCAGAGCCAGUCACUCCCUGGCUGUUGGGCCAGGUGGUCAGUAGCUGUUGGGCCUUAUGCUGGUGGUGGGUAGCAUUUGGGGGAGACUCAGGGUCUUGGCUGUUGGCUGCUUUCGUCUGUCUGGCUCGUCACAGGAGUGCCACCUGCUUUCGUCUGCCUGAAUUGCUGCGAGUCUGCUGUCCGCUAUCGUCUUCCAGGCUUGUUGUGCGAGCGCCAACCUUGACCCGCUAUGGUAUGCCAGGCUUGCCGUGGGAGUGCUGCCCUCAAGUCUGCCGGGCUCGUCGUGGGAACGCUGCCAUUAAGACUGACCGGAUCAUCACGGGAGUUCCGCCAUUGGCCCGAUCCUGUCUGCCCAGCUCGUUGUGGGAGCGCCAAAUAUCGACAGCAAGGCUAGUCGUGGGAGCGCCACAUGUCGUCAGCCCGGCUUGUCGCGGGAGCGCCACAUGUCGUCAGCCCGGCUUGUCGCGGGAGCGCCACAUGUCAUCAACCCGGCUCUACGUAGGAGCAUCACAUGUCAUCAGCCCGGCUCGUGUGGGAGCGCCAUAUGUCGACAGUCCGGAUUGUCACGGGAGUGCAACAUGUCGACAGCCUGGCUCGACGAGGGAGCACCACAUGUCGACAGCCUGGCUCGACAAGGGAGCACCACAUGUCGACAGCCUGGCUCGUCGCGGGAGCACCACAUGUCGACUGCCCAGCUCGUCGCAGAAGCACCAUAUGUCAACAGCCCGGCUCGUCGCGGGAGCGCCACAUGUCGUCAACCCGGCUCUUCGCAGGAGCGUCACAUGUCAUCAGCCCGGCUCCCCGGCUCGUCGCGGGAGCGCCACAUGUCGUCAACCCGGCUCUUCGCAGGAGCGUCACAUGUCAUCAGCCCGGCUCGUCAUGGAAGCGCCACAUGUCGACAGUCCAGAUUGUCGCGGGAGCGCCACAUGUCAUCAGCCUGGCUCGACGUGGGAGCACCACAUGUCGUCAGCCCAGCUCGUCGCGGGAGCACCUCAUGUCGACAGCCUGGCUCAACGAGGGAUCACCACAUGUCGCCAGCCCGGCUCGUCGCAGGAGAGCCACAUGUUGACUGCCCGGCUCGUCGCAGAAGCACCAUAUGUCAACAGCCCUGCUCAUCGCGGGAGCGUCGCCUUUGGCCUGCUUCGCUCUUCCAGGCUCGUCGUGGUAGCGCCAACCUCAAGGCUGCCGGGCUCGUCGUGGGAGCGCCGCCAUUAA